UUGCAGCGGCGGCAGCAGUUCGUGAGGGACAGCGAGGGACAGCGAGGUCGCUAGAGGUAGUUGACUGGGCUGAGUUUCGAGCCAUUUCCCUCGCUCCUUGCAGUCGUUGCUUUUGUCCGCAAGUGGCAAGCGGAGAGUCGCUCUAAAACGGGUUCACAAGGUCAGGCUGCUGCUGCUGUCGCCAAGAGCGGAGUAUUCCACCGCACCAUGAUGGCAACGAGGCCACAGCCCUCUGGGGAGGGUGGUGCUGCUGCUGCAGCUGCUGUGGCACAGGAGGAGAAGAGCGUACCGGGGGUCAGCAAGGACGCGCUCAGAGAGGAGAGGAAACCUCUGCUGGACUUGGACGACGUCACGCAGCUCGAGAACGAGCUAGCCGCGUGUUUCGACGCGCCGCCGCCUCCUCCUCUCAACAUACGGCGAGAAGAGCCUGUCGCGACCGUUUCGACGUGGAUGCCGAUGGCGGAGCACCGUUACGUGGAGACGCACGUUGCGCCGCCGACAGCUUCGGACGUUGCCGCUGCUCGGGCGAGAGGGGAGCUGCCGCAGCUGCUGCAGGAGGAGCAAGAGCAGGAGGGGGGGCAGCAGCAGGAGCGACAAGCACAGACGACGAGGGUCUCUGACUUCAGCAGCUUGUACUCCGCGGCUCCGCACCGCGAGGAGUCCACGGGUCAGCUUUACCCGGUCUUGGCCCCCUCCGCACCGUCCUCCGACACGAUGAGGAUACCGAUGCCGCCGCCGGCAGUACCAGCAGCCGCACCAACAGCGGCACGGGCGCCGUCGGCUGCUUCUAGUGCUGCCGUGCGCGAUGACGCGGCGGCGGCAGAGGCGGCAGAGGCGGAGGCGUCGUCUUUGACUACUGUUACGGCGACGGCGGACAGAGAGAGGAGGCAGGACGUGUCAUCUUCGGGCGAGGUUGUCGAAGAGCUCCUGUCGGAGAACGAGCGCUUGCGCGCUAUCAUUCAGGAAAUGUCCGAUGAGCUGGAACGGGUAUCGGUGCAGGCAAGAGGCGGCUCCACGGCGGCGGCAGGGGCGACGCAAGGGCGGCAAUCCUCGGCCGCGCGUGCGGCCACGUCCGCUUCGCCCACCGAGCGAUUAUUUGGCCGAUAUCCCGGGGCCCAGGCGGAAGCAGCGAGGCGGCGGCGAGAACAAGCUAGCCGACAGCAACAAGGACAGCGGCAGGACAGCGGGGCGCGGCCGCGGCCGCAGGUGCAACCGCAGGUGCAGCCGCAGGUGCAGGCCGCCGUCGGAGCGGGAACGUGCGUGCAUUUCAAAUGCGAAAACUGUCCCCAGUGGCUCAAGGUCCCCGUGCACGCGCAGCUGGUGUACUGUCCUGCGUGCGGGCACACGUCCGAGAUGACGUCCGCGUCCACGAUUCACCACCCGCCGAACAACGGCAACGAGUCUACGACCGCCGGCGCUAGCAGCAGCACCGGAGCGGCGGGGCGAGGGGGAGAGGAGGAGGUUGGAUGGCUGGGGUACUUCAAGAGCAUCAUCGCUUCGUGACGAUGUUCUGGCAACCUACUGAGAUGGAGCGGCUGACGUGUUUUACAUGUUCCUUGGCGUUGUGCGUGUUUGUUUGUUUGCACCGAUCUAUGGUUCGGCUCAUUGCCCGCUGUCCAUGUCAUUUGUUUGUUUUUCUCUCUCCCUCUAUCUUGUUCCAUACCAUGUAGACGCCAGAAAUAGGCGCUGCUCACAAGUAGUCGGUGAUGCGUGUGCUUCCCUUUUGUUGAGAGGAUCCGCGUGUGUGAACACUUUGCCUACGCUUUCAAUUUCACUGAAGUGCAAGGGCGUACCCUGUUCACCGCAAAAUGUGACGAGCCCUACACGAUUGUGCAACGGAGUUGGACGCAGAGGAGCGGGCUAUCGUUGACGAUUAGUCCGAGGCGGACCGAUUAGGCUUCGCGACGGGUUGCAAAUCAGGGGUGUAACAAUGUGUGUUAGGUGUGUGCAUAGGCCUUUGGUGUACGCCGUGUCCCUCAACGAGCGGUGACGGCGACCAUCGGCCUACGGCAACUCUUUUCGUAUUGGUGGUGAUUCAUGUGUGUCUGCGGUCCUCGUGUUGGUCGCUCGGUACGUGCCGAAUGACUGUAUCGUGUUGUCCUUUGGAGUAGGUGUACAACCCGAGAAAAGGAACGAGAUUUCAGCCCCACUGGGCCCCCGUGCCUACUCUGCAAGUAGGGGGUGGGGGUGGGGGCUCGCAUUUCUGCUGUUGUAACGGUCUUGUAUUUUAUUUUUCGUGGUUCUCUCUGUCGGGGUUUGUGAGCGUUAUAUUUUCCGGCUUCCCUCCUUCAAUCUGGGAGGAACAUGCAUGUGGGGUGCCUCUGUGGCUGUCAGCCGCUGAUUCCACAGGCAUAAUACAAAAUGGUGACGACGGGUGCCAGUACAGCUUCAUCGCCACCUUCCGGUGAGGUGAAGGAAGGCAGGAUCACCCUCCUCCGGCACUUCGUGCGAGAGAGAAGAGUAUCCUGCCCAGGAAGGAUAGGUGGCAGCUGGUUUCCCGUUGCUUGGUGUAUAGCAGCAGGUUGAAUCGGCGGCAGCUUUGUUUUCGUAGCGAAAUGCAGUGACGGUCACGGCGGAAAACAACUGGAUUUCACUUGUGUUUUGAUCGGAUCUGUGGUGUAAGAGAAGCGUCUGUCAGAACAAGACCUUGGUGGCCGUGGCGGGUGCAAGAGAUGCAGCCGAGGCCUCGUGGACCAAGGUCACAGCUGCGAUAUCAAUGCCAGGCCCUGCUGCUGAUCAUACCUGUUCUUGACACAUUGGCGGGUU